AUGAAAGAUCAAAGAAAGGGAAAUUCGAAAAACUGUCGUCGAAAUGAUGGAUAUGAUGAUGAAACACCAUCAUGGGAUUUUCAAAGAUUUAGAAACUUUGUUUUCACUGCGAUAAUACGGUUUUUGGUGUCCACAAUGACCAUCAAUCGAAAUCAAUAUCGUACCGCAGCUAGAUCCCGAACUCCCGAAUCUAUGGAAACAGCAGAAAAUGACAAUGGUGAUGCUGGUGAUGAUGAAGGAAUCGCGCCCACCAUUUCAGAACCUGAUGCACUUAAAUCGAGCCUGGUCCAUCCUUUUCGACGUUCAAAUUACACUAUUGAUGAACCAAAUCCGUUCUUGUACAGCGAAGUAUGUAUACCAUAUUGUCCUGAUCGGCUAGAAAAUUCUGUUGUCAAUGGCAUGAUUUUGGAUAACACAUCCAGCUUCAGUCCAUCAAAUGUACCUGCGUUUCAUCUGUCAAACAGCGUCUCCGGUACGUGUAAUAUAAGUGUUCUUGUUAGAGUAUUUCAAGUCUUCGUAAAAUAUUUCUCUUGUGAAACGGGAAAGAAUGAAAUAAUUGCCGUGUCUUGUGCUGAGCUCACCUACAAUUAUCCCUGCUAAAAAAUUAAUAAUAAAAUUUUUUCCUCAAGUAAGGUUUCCAGUUUGCUUUUCAUACCUUUCGUACGCUAUCAGAAAUUAUCAGAAUGCAUAUGUUAGGGUAAAAAAUAGUUUUAAGAAACAAAAAUUUAUUUCAUUUCUUUAUCUUGUCUUCGGAAAUUGUAAAAAAAUGUGAAACACAAUGAAUCCAUCUGUAUUUGGUACGUGUAGCCUGAAGCCUAAAUGCGUCACAUAUGACAACUUGAGGGUACCCCUUCCCUUUUUUUGGUCUUUCCGUAGAAAUGCUAUCAAAUAAAAUCUAAAAAUCAACAAGAAUUCAUAUUUUUAGAACUGGUCCGAAACUCAGUGGAGCAUUUUUUUUAGAUUUUUUUUUCAAGUUUUCAACUAUUAUCGUUCACGAGUUCUCCAGAAAACUCGGUUUGUCAGUGCGAAACCCCCUUCCUCUUCAAAUUUUACCCGAUCGAGUUAAAACUUUUACCACAGGUACUCAAGACACUGCUGCGGCGGUACCUUUUGUGAAUUUUAAUUUAGAAUUUUCCUUGUCGAACUAUAGGGAAAAUACCGAAAAAUGUCUGAGACAUUGAGUUUUUCAACUUUACAAGCCCUAUAACUCGGUAAAGAAAGAUCUAAACUAAAAUUUAAAAGAAUCACCUCUGCAAUAGUACGUUGAGUAUCGUACAGUACAUGAACACUGUGAAAAUACAUGCAAAAAAUGGUUCGGUUGUACGGGUCUGUGAGAUUGUAACUAUGUAAAAUGAUGGGUACUCGAUCUAGCAUGUAAUACAACCACGACUCUCUGUGUGCACAUUUCAUAUAGUUAUAUGGCAGUGUGACGCACGUACAUACAUAUCGUGGCCAGCGAGUGUGACGGACGUACAUACACAUAGUGACCAGUGAUUGUGACAGACGUACAUACAUAUAGUCAUGUGGCAGCGCGACGGACGUACAUACUUAUAGUGACCAGUGAGUGUGACGGACGUACAUUAACUAAAAAAUAUUAACUUAAGUGCCCCGCCUCCCCUCAGACAAAAACUUUUUUAUCUUACAUUCGAUUUUGAUGCCAUUUCCAGGAAAUGUUUGUCAUAUCACAGUCUGGUUAUAAAAUUCCUUUUCCCCGCUAUCUCUUACCUUUUCGGGUUUUUCCAGAGUCCAAGAUCAAAAACACACCCUCCACUAUGGGGUCCUUUUUUUUUAUACGUCCAGCUAGAGGUCUCGCGUUGAUUUUAUUUUAAACUAAACAUCGAACUACGUGGGGUGAUGGAACCAGAUUUUUGAUUUAGGUCUUUGUUCGUUUUCUAGAGAUGCAAGAUCCUCAAAAAGUACUUUCCGGCUUUCUGAAGAUCCUUGAUUUUCUAGAAAGUUAAGGCCUAAUCCAAAAUCUAGUCCCAUCAGUUCACGCAGUUAGGUGUUUAGUUUAAAUUAAAAUCAACCCGAGAUCUCUAGCUUGAAAUAUAUUAAAAAAAGGGUCCCACACUGGGCAUGUUCGAACAAAAAACGUGCUUUGAGAGAAAACGCUGCACAUUCGUUGAUCUAUUUUAGAACAUAUAGGAAAAUGCGUGUAGUUUUUGAAUGCAAGGUCACACAGAGUUGCGCAGCUUCUUAUUUUGAUCAGAAAAGUCUGUUCUACAAUUCUACAUGUUUAGAAAAGAUUUAUUUGCGUAUGUAUCCAGAAAAAAAUUAUUAUUUGAAGAUCCUGCUUCUCAAGGCUUCUAGAAAACUUACUCGAAAACCACAAAAAAGCAGUUCUAUAUCCGAAAGAGAUAUAGAUUCUAAAAGUAGACACCCCAGGCUAUCUUUCCAUGUGCUGGUCUCCAAAUUAACUUUUUGAUACAAGAAGACUUCAUUGGGGGGAGGGGGGCUUAAGUGGAAUUAAAUUGAGCAAGGUUGUACAGCGUCAUAUGAAAAAAAACAAUUUUUGAACCGCACAACGUACAAAGGGCCCAUAUAUAUCAUUAAAAUUCCAGUAAAAUAAACUAGCGUUCGCGAAAGUUUCAUCAAACCC